AACAAAGACUUGAAAAGCCGCCUCGCCAGCAGCGAAGUUCUCCAGAAGCCCAGUGCCAACGUCUCCCAGCUGGAAUCGCGCAUUCAAGAGCUUCAGGACAAACUCCAGGCUGAAGAGAGGUAAGUCGCGGAGAGGGAGUGUGGGGUAGUGGUCAGAGUGUCAUGGGGGAAACCGGGGUUCAGGUACCCUGCUCAGUGAUUAAUAAUAAUAAUAAUAAUAAUAAUAAUAAUAAUAAUAUUUAUACCCCGCCCUUCCUGGUUCAAAAACCGGGCUCAGGGUGGCUAACAACAAAUUUAAAACACUUAAUUAUAAAAGCAGCAUAAAAUACAGUAUAAAAACAUGAAUAACAAUAAAAAUAAAAAAGCAAUUAGAUAAUCCCCAGGGCUAGCUGGCUGAAUUGGUCCUACUUGGGCCAGCGAGGAGACCAGGGGAGAAUUAGCUGUGGGGUCCCAGAGCGGGUGAUCUUCAUAAAAGGGGAGGGGGGGGAAGAGAAGGGAAUUAGCUGUGGGGUCUCAGAGCAGGUGAUCUUCAUAAAAGGGGAGGGAAGAGAAGGGAAAUAAAAGAUCAGGCUGAAUUCAAAUUAAAGGCCAGGCGGAAUAGCUCUGUCUUACAGGCACUGCAGAAGGAGGUUAAAUCCUGCAGGGCCCUGGUCUCCUGGGACAGAGCAUUCCACCAGGUCGGAGCCAUCACUGAAAAGGCCCUGGUGGAGGAUAGUCUGGCUUCCUUAGGGCCUGGGACCUCUAAGCUAUGAAGUUCUCUGGGUGUGGCCUUGGACCAGUCACUGUCCCUCUCGGCCCGACCUACCCCACAGGGUUGUUGUGGGGAUUAAAUGCGGAGAUUGUAGGGGAAAUGGCAUGUGCCGCCUCAAGCUCCUUGCAGAAAAUGGUGGGAUAGAAGCGCAGUAAACCUAUACGGUGGGGUCUUUGGAAUUUAUUUAGGGAAGUAUUUUUGUACCACCCUCUCACAAAACAUCAAUGUGCAGUGUACAUCGAUGCGUAAAACCUUUAUAAGCAAUACAGAACGAUCAGCCACGUGGCUGGCUACUCAAGAAAAUUCGAAGCAUCAACAUGGAAGAUUCUUGAAGAAACGCCUGGAAGCCAAAAACAAGAGGGUGCCCGUCGCAUCUCUGCUGGAAAAGCGUUCCCCAGCGUGGGCCUGGUGGCAAUAAAUUGACUGCGAUUGUUGCUGGUUGUUUUAAAAAUUUAAAGGUGCACACAAAUAGUGGACACACACAAUUCACAGGAAACCAGUUAUUCAACAAAAAUUAGGAAAUAUUCCCCGAGAUGUUGAUGAGGAUAGUCAAAAUUUAUUUGUUUCUGUAUUAUUAUUAUUGUUGUUGUUGUUGUUAGUUUAUUAUUUAAUCAUCACAGAGCAAACCCCAAGCUAUCUUGGAAACCCUUUCCCAAUAGUUCUUUCCACUCGCAAAUCCUUCAAAUCUUACGAAUAGAUAAAAUGUCUUGGCAACCCCUCUGCAAUACUGGCCUGGCAAGUAAUAAUAAUAAUAAUAAUAAUAAUAAUAAUUUAUUUAUACCCCACCCAUCUGGCUGGGCUUCCCCAGCCACUCUGGGUGGCUUCCAACCAAAUAUUAAAAUAAAGUAAUCCAUCAAACAUUAAAAGCUAAACCUAAACAAGACUGCCUUCAAAUGUCUUCUAAAAGUUUGGUAGUUGUUCUUCUCUUUGACAUCUGAUGGGAGGGUGUUCCACAGGGCAGGUGCCACUACCGAGAAGGCCCUCUGCCUGGUUCCCUGUAACUUGGCUUCUCGCAGUGAGGGAAACACCAGAAGGCCUUCGGAGCUGGACCUCAGUGUCUGGGCAGAACAAUGGGGAUGGAGACACUCCUUCAGGUAUACUGCGCCAAAGUGUCAGCACCAACACUUUGAAUUGUGCUUGGAAACGUACUGGGAGCCAGUGUAGGUCUUUCAAGACCGGUAUUAUGUGGUCUUGGCGGCCGCUCCCAGUCCCCAGUCUAGCUGCCGCAUUCUGGGUUAAUUGCAGUUUCCGGGUCACCUUCAAAGGUAGCCCCACGUAGAGCGCAUUGCAGUAGUCCAAGCGGGAGACAACCAGAGCAUGCACCACUCUGGCGAGACAGUCUGCGGGCAGGUAGGAUCUCAUCCUGCGUACCAGAUGGAGCUGGUAGACAGCUGCCCUGGACACAGAAUUGACCUGCGCCUCCAUGGACAGCUGUGAGUCCCAAAUGACUCCCAGGCUGCGCACCUGGUCCUUCAGGGGCACAGUUGCCCCAUUCAGGACCAGGGAGUCCUCCACACCUGCCAGCCUCCUGUCCCCCCAAAACAGUACUUCUGUCUUGUCAGGAUUCAACCUCAGUCUGUUACCGCUAUCCAUCCUCCAACCGCCUCCAGACACUCACACAGAACCUUCACUGUCUUCACUGGUUCUGAUUUGAAAGAGAGGUAGAGGCUGGUGGGAGUUGUAGUUCAGCGAUACCCCAAGGACCAAAGUUCCCCCCGUCUGUGCCUCGGAUAAGCGACACAGCACCUGCCUUGCUUGCAGAAGACCCCCAGAACCUCCAUUGUUGUUGUUUAGUCAUUUAGUCGUGUCCGCCUCUUCGUGACCCCCUGGACCAGAGCACGCCAGGCACUCCUGUCUUCCACUGCCUCCCGCAGUUUGGUCAAACUCAUGCUGGUAGCUUCGAGAACACUGUCCCACCACCUCGUCCUCUGCCAUCCCCUUCUCCUUGUGCCCUCCAUCUUUCCCAACAUCAGGGUCUUUUCCAGGGAGUCUUCUCUUCUCAUGAGGUGGCCAAAGUCUUGGAGCCUCAGCUUCACAAUCUGUCCUUCCAGUGAGCACUCAGGGCUGAUUUCCUUAAGAAUGGAGAGGUUGGAUCUUCUUGCAGUCCAUGGGACUCUCAAGAGUCUCCUCCAGCACCAGAAUUCACCUCCACGUUUUGCUGGAAAUCUCCCCUGCCUGAAGCCCUGGACAGCCGCUGCCGCUCAGUGGAGGCAGUGCUGAGCUCAGUGAUCGGACUCUGAAGAAAUCAGCUCCCCCCUUUUUCUUGCCGCAGGGAGAAGAGCGUCCUGGUCUCCUCGAACCGCAAGCUGGAGCGGAAGGUCAAGGAGCUGACCAUCCAGAUCGAUGACGAGAGACAGCAUGUCAAUGACCAGAAGGACCAG